UCAAGAUGGACAUUUAUAUAAAAGUAAGUCCUCGGAAAGUCAAAGGCACUCUUUAAGGUUCCUCCAGGAGUAUCGGCGUCCUAGCUGAGGUCGGAAAUCAAGAUGAAGUAUUCGAGGGGGUGUACCCUUCUCCUCCUGGUGACUGUCGGCCUUGUCGAAGUCUAUGGUCAUGGGAUGUUGAUGAAUCCCGUAAACAGAGGCAGUGCAUGGAGAUUAGGCUUCGAUACUCCCACCAACUGGAAUGACAACGAAAAUUACUGUGGUGGAUUCUCGACCCAAUGGGACACAAACGACGGAAAGUGCGGAGAGUGCGGAGAUAGCUAUUCGUUGAGACGACCCAGACCUAAUGAGAACGGUGGAGUAUAUGGAACAGGCACAAUUGUUGCACGCUAUCAGCCGGGUCAACAUAUUCCGGUAUCCGUUAAGCUGAGCGCCUCCCACGCCGGAUACUUCAAGUUCUCCCUGUGUCCUCUUCGCUCGGAAACCGACUUGGAGACCGAAGAGUGUUUCGAGAAACAUCCCCUGAGAUUGGUCGAUGGAUCGGAGGUCUACAAAGUGACGAGACAUGGAGCGGGUUACCACAACACCACCCUGGUAUUACCACCUGGACUUACGUGCAAGCACUGCGUCCUGAGAUGGAAUUACCGCACCGGAAAUAGCUGGGGCAUCUGCGAGGACGGGCAUGGCGCCAUGGGAUGUGGACCACAGGAGACCUUCAGGACCUGCUCCGACAUCUCGAUAGCCUAAACCCAAAGAACGUUGAUUAGACUCUAGAAAUAUUCGAACUCCUAGAGGUCUAUAGCUGACCAUCCAUUCGGCGAUCUUCCUAUUGGAAGAUCACGCCUUCCAACUCGUCGCAUCUCACCGACACCGACUGCUGGAUAUAUUUCGAAUCUGUUUUCCUUUCUCUCUUUUAAUAGAUCUCUUUUACCUACCGGAUUGUUACAAUAAAGGUUAUUUAACCGUUUGAGUACCAAAGGUUUUUAUAAAAAAACACGGUCGAAGAAAGCCGAGCAGCGCAAUAGCGCUUUCUGAAUGGGAUGCGAAAAGACCCAACCGACGCGAUGGCGCUCCUUUUAUUCGGCGUAGAAAAAGAUUCGUCUGAAAAUCCGUCUGGAAAAUCGAGCGCGUUUCGUUAGAUCGUGUGUGACUGGUCAAUUGUCGUUCAAAUGCACUGGGUUUUUUCGACGUGAAAUCUGAAGGGCGCGAAAGCGGCGCGUGGGACUCAAACGGUUAAAAUGAAAACCAACUGGAAGGGU